CAUUCUACAUAAUAGUCAUGACAGGAAUGUGUGCAAUCCUCAUCAGUUCGUGUUUGGCUGUUCUGUCUGGUUAUACCAGUGCCGAUAUGGAAUUCCAUCGGAUAAAAGUGUUGUCAAACGGGGUGCCAGUCUCGGAGGAUGUACUGUACGACAAGGACAACAAAGUAGCCAUUCUGAACGUGAAUGGGGAGCAAGAUGGCAAUAAAUCCAUCUGUCAAUCGUCAAACUUCCAUGACCUAGAGAGACAUAUACUGGCCCUGAAGCAAGUGAAGUCUGGGAAAUGCUACCUCGUGACCACAGAGGAAACCCUGUCUGACAUAGAGCGUUUGUUUGAAAACGGCAAGGUGCAUGAAACAAAACUACUUUCUUACAUAGCCCGAAAGGACAGUGUGCCCGUCGAAGAUGUCGAAGUUCAAGCUGGUAAGAAAAUAGCUGAAUUCUGCAAAGACUACGACACACGUUGGCUGGUAGAAGCACCUGUCGGACGUCUCCGAAGACGUGAUUUGAAUUUACAACGUAUGCCUGAACCGUGCUUGUUUAAUUGUGGCCAUUGUAUGUUCGACAUUACAGAAUUGAGCAAGUCAGUUGAGGUAAUGGAAUGAGCAAGUCUUGGAGGAGAUAUCAUGUGCAUAUAUAACUUGAAAUAAAGUAAUGAUACCCAUCA